CGGGGCCUAUUCCCAUGGUCACAGGGGCGGAGCCAAGGGUGUAGCGAAAAUGGCGUCGCCGUUGGUUGAGCUCGAGUCGCUUGAAAAGACGUUGGGACUCCAGACACGAAGUAAACUGGUGUAUAGCAAGGGCGAUAAUUCGGUUCCUGUACUACAGACUAACAAUAGCUGUGGUUUAGUGGGGUUGACUACCAUUGCAUCCCAUCUUGUAAAAGUGGCCAAAAAAGAGGUCCUCUUGGGAAGCACAGCAGAGAAGAGUGCAAUAGUUCAGCAAUGGCUCGAAUAUAGAAUCACUCGAAUUGACAGUUGUAACAGUCAAGAGGAUAGAAAAAUGAUUUUAAAGGAGCUCAAUUGUUACCUUGAAGAUAAAGUAUACCUUGUUGGAAACAGCUUGACAUUAGCAGAUAUCAUGGUGUACAACGGCCUUCAUCCUAUCGUGGUUGAACUAAACCAUGAAGAGCGAGAGAGAUAUGUAAAUGUUUCCCGGUGGUUCGACCAUAUCCAACAUUAUCCGGGAGUCCGACAACACACUGCUGCUGUUGUCUUCAUGAAGAACAGGCUGUAUCCUACCAUUCACUAGGAAAGCUUCACACAGUCUUCAUGAGUCAUGCUGAAUUGGAACAUUUUGCUUGUCAGAAUUGAAUUAGUGAGGGUUGACAUGGGCACAUUUUCUGAUUCUAGAGCACAGGAGAACAUGCCUGUUGUUCUUCUGUCUGCUUGUUGUGUUUCUUUGUUGUGAAAAUGUAACACAGCAAAAUAUUUUUUUAAAAAUUCCAUUUGCAUUUUAUUUAUUUAGGUCCAAAAUUAACUUCAGGUGUCAAUGUUAGGUUUUACUGUGCUACCAUUUCUGUUUUUUAGUAAAUCAUGUUAAAAGCGGUUAAGCAAAGUUAACAUGAGUCUUAUUUCUGAGUAGAACCUUGUCCAUUUUACAAAGUGUGUUGUUGGUGUGCUUCAGUCACUAAAUAAGUUUUGGAAAAGUCUCUGUAUAGUAAUUCCAGUUGAUGAAGACAAGUGCCUGGAAAUCACAUUUGGGCUGAAAUUUCCAAAGUGCAUCUCCAUUAAGUGGAGUGAAAAUGUCGUUAUGCUUUCAGUGCAUAAUACUGAAGAAAGAUUGAAACACAUUUUUCUGUGCCAUCCAAUAUUGGCAAUGCAUUGGGUAGUGAAAUUAUAGUAACACUUGGUCUGGAUUAUUCUGUUUAAUUCUGGAGCAUUAAAUGGAAGUGAGCUGUUAAACAUAUUUUUCUAAAUGUUCCAACUACCCAGUAGCACUUUUUCUCAUUGUGACUGAGAAGUUCCAUAACCAACCAACUUUUUUUGUAGCGUUUGCAAUUAUUUAAAAUAUGUUGUUUACAUCAUUUUAUUUUAAGAUUUGUGAAAAAUGUGCCAAUUCUGAAGAACAUGUCAAAGGGUGCCAGCAACCUUAGCUUGACUGUGAAGAUUCCUAACUAUUUGCAACUGUAUCAUUUGACUCCAAUGGUAAUCCCCUGUAGCAUUUCUGCAGCAAAUGAUCAGUAUUUAUUGGUGGGUAUCUGGAAUUCAUACUCUAAGAUAUGUGAAAAUAAAUCAUAAAUUUAA